UGAUUUUGGAAAAUGUAGGCUAAUUUUAAAAAAGUUCCCAUAGUCACGGUUUCUUUGUCACCAUGGAAACAAUACACAAUUUAGCAAAGCACAACAAACCGACUGAAGUGAAAAUGGCAGCAAGACACGAAGCAGCAGAAGAGGCCGUUGACGGUCCGUAUUAUCUCGAGAAGGUUUUCAUCCCAGAGGACUCUGAGGAUGAUUACCAAUACAACGAAGUGACUGUCGAUGACGAGCUCAGCGUAACCGAGGGCGAGGAGGACCUGGAAACUGCCGUGAAAGCAGCGCUGGAUCAAACCGACGCCUCUCCACUGAGGGUCAGUUCAGCCAAACAUCCCGUUCCUAAAAUACCCGAGGUGGUGGACGACUUUCUCCGCAAUUAUCUGGUAAAUAUGGGCAUGAAAAGAACAUUGAACUGUUUCCAAACCGAGUGGUUUGAAAUGAAACACAAAGGCUUAAUAAAAAACCAAACUGAACUCAUCCCUGAUGCCUAUGUGCACAACCAGCUUCUGGACAACGAGCUAAAAAUUGUGCAAAAAGAGCGGGAUAAUUAUAAACAAGCUGCAUUUGAGGCUGGAGAAACCAUAAUAAAACUACAAAGAGAGAGGGACUUCCAUAGGAUGCAGCACAAGCGUGUUGUUCAGGAGAAGAACAGACUUAUUGAGGACGUAAAAAAGCUGAAGAAACACUACGCAUCAUAUGAACCUGCUCUUAGACAGCUGAAUGACAAAUAUCAGACAGCUGUGAGACAGAAGAUGCUGGUCAGUCUGGAGAGAGAUAGAGCUUUCAGCCAGGUCCAGAACCUAGAUGGCUCUCUACGUUCCUCACAAACCCAAACAGCCUUAAAACCAGCAAAAUCUCCACAGGAACGAGCAAAAACGCAGAGGAGUCCUGAAAAGGGAGCACACCUGCCAUGUGACGAUGCCCGAAAACAUCCUAAAGACUCUGAAUUCCCAUCUAGCACUCGCCUCAAUCCCUACUUGCCACAAAUCAAAGCUCUUUUCUCCCCCAACACAAAAUCAGCCAACCUCUCUCUCUCCAAUUCUUUUAAGGCGCACACAAUGGCAGUGAGCUUUCUUGCUCUGCAUCCCCGUAAAAUGAUAGUAGCCUCCUCAAGUGAUGACCAGCUUUGGAGAUUAUGGGCAAUUCCCAAGGGAGAGAUGAUCAUGACUGGCGAGGGUCACACUGAUUGGCUGUCAUCUUGCAGUUUCCAUCCCAGCGGUGAUUUCUUGGGUACCACAAGUGGAGACGCCACAGUUAAAGUCUGGGAUUUUGCCCAAAGUCGAUGUGUGCUCAGUUUGGAGGGGCACCUUCAUGCCACUUGGGCCUGUUCUUUUCACUCCUGUGGUGAUUUUGUGGCAUCUUGCUCCAUGGAUAACACGGCUAAAGUGUGGGAUUUGAAUAGCGAGCGCUGCCGCUGCACUCUGCGUGGACAUGUUGACUCUGUGAACAGCGUUUCUUUCCUGCCCUUUUCAAAUAUUCUACUGACCUGCUCGGCAGACAAGACGCUCUCUCUUUGGGAUGCCCGUGCCGGAUUGUGCUCCCAGACUUUCUACGGGCAUAAGCAUUCAUGCAAUUAUGCAGCUUUUAAUAUCACGGGUGACACAAUUGCUUCGUGCGACUCUUUUGGGGUGGUCAAAUUAUGGGACGUGAGGAACGUGUCUGCAAUGGUGAGCAUGGACACUGGGCCUCAUCCCAGCAAUCAAGUGGCCUUCAGUCCAACUGGAAGAGUACUGGCGGUGGCGAGUAAUGAUGGCUCGGUCAAGACAGUUGAAGUGGCUUCUUUACAUGUGUCCAGUUUAACUGCUCAUGAUGACGCAGUACAGAGCGUCACUUUUGACCAUAAAGGAGAAUACCUGGUAUCUGCAGGCUCAGAUGGUGCAAUUCACAUCUGGUCAUAACUAAACACAUUUGCAGUUACUGAAAACUACAUAAAUACCAAAUACACCUUAACGUUAUAUUGUGAAUGAAAAAAAGGAUGUUUUCUGCACACAAGCUUCUUAAUAUAGGUUUUAGUAACAUAAACAAUCAAUGCACCGCAAGGUGCAUUGGUACUUUAUAUUCACAAACAAGAAGUU